AUGUUUGGCUUUUUAUUGAAAAACAAACAUUUAAAAGAUUUUCUAAACGAGAGUGCCAUACAUGGCCUGCGUUUGUUGCUGUACUAUACACGGUUCAAAUAUGCCAGAUUUAUUUGGACAGUUUUUAUAUUUGCUGUAAUAAUUUGGACUCAUUUUAUAAUAAUAACGCUGAUUGUACAAUAUAUUCAACAGCCAACAGAGGUGCAUAUGUCCACUAAUAUGGUUCAUGUUUCGAACACUCCUUUUCCAGGUGUGGCCGUUUGUAGUGCUAAUAAGUUGAGUCGUGAAAAAGUAUUAAGCUUUGAACAGCAACAACGCUAUAAACCCUACUAUUUGGCUCAAACAAUUCCCGAAAUGGCUCAACAUUUACUCAAUCUCAAAGGUUUCUAUAUCUUUCCGCAUGACAAUUUAUCGCUCAAUUUAACCAUACUCCAUCGUUUGGAUAAAAUUUUCACUUUUAUGUUUAAUACUACCGAUUAUCCGAUACGUGAUUAUUUGAAGAUAUUAGCACCAGAUUGUAGAAAUUUAGUUAUACGUGGCACUAUAUACGGUGAAGAAAUUAACACUAGAGAUUAUUUCAAUAAACGUUUAACGUCAUCGAGUGUAUGCUGUAUGUUUAAUUAUAAUAGAAGAGGUUAUUCCAUAGAUGAGAAAACCCGUGAGGCUGAUAAUCGGUUUGCUGAGAAUGCGGAGAAAAUCAAAUUUCAAUCCAAUUCUAUAUUGAAUUCUAUACAAUUUGUUUUGCGUAGUUCACCGGAAGAUUUUACCAUAACAGAAUUUCAUAAUACAGCAUUUCAGCUUUACAUUUUCCCCCGGGAAGAUUAUGCUACCAUACAAUCAAAUCGUAUAGGAGAAAUUUUAGUUGAUUAUAAUACCAUAGUAGAAGUACCCAUAGAACCGGAAUUCUUCGGUUCCACCCAAAGUGUAAGACAGUUUGCGCCCGAAGUACGUAACUGCUACUUUCCAGAUGAGGGACAAAAGUUACUAAAUCAAUCCUAUUACUCUAUCGAUGAAUGUCUGCUUAUAUGUCGCAUGGAUUCUAUGCUGAAAUAUUGUGGCUGUGUUACACCACCUAUGGCGGCCACUAAUAAAACAAUUACAUAUUGUAAUUUUUUAGAUUUACCCUGUUUAAUAAAUUGGCGUGCCAUUUGGUAUGGUUGGAAUACUUUUGAAUAUGUUCAUGAAAAUGGUAAAGAUAUACAGGAUGAUUUUACCACUGGACACAGAUGUCCACAAUGUUUACCGAAUUGUAAUGGUGUUGAUUUUAAUCUGGAAGUUAAUGAUAUGACUAUGAGACCAACAUAUGGACAAGCUUAUAGUCAUGGGAUAUUAAAAGGUCUUACUAAUGCAAAACCUUUGGCUAUAGUUAAGCUAUAUUUCAAGCAACUUUAUGUUUUGUCUACAGAAAUGGAUAUUGUGGGCGAUUGGGUGGUUUUAUUAAAUCGUUUUGGCGGCAUUAUGUCUCUUAUGUAUGGCUUUAGUAUUAUCAGUUAUAUCGAAAUUAUAUAUUUUGCUACCGGAAAAUUUUUUGCUUAUCAUUUGGAUAGUUGGAAACUAAAAUUGGAACGUAAAUUAUCUACUCUAACUCAUGUAACAGAAAAUGAAGCAGACUAUAGUCCAGAGGAUGAACCACCACCCGCCUAUAAUUUGUGCUGGAAGGAAUUGAAACCUAAGCAGCCGGUGGAUAUGGAAAUAUUCAGAGAUGAAGUUAUUUUACAUUUAUAUAAAAGGGAAUGA